AUGGGAAAAGAAGUCCAGCUAAGGCCCAAGGUGAAUGUCUCUUCUUACAUCCACUUUAUGCUGAAUUACAGGAACAAAUUCAAGGAGCAACAGCCAAACACUUACCUCGGCUUUAAAGAGUUUUCUAGAAAGUGUUCAGAAAAAUGGAGAUCCAUCUCAAAGCAUGAAAAGGCGAAGUAUGAAGCCCUCGCCAAGCUUGACAAAGCCCGAUACCAGGAAGAAAUGAUGAAUUACAUGGGCAAGAGAAGGAAGAGGAGAAAGAGGGACCCACAUGCACCUCGGCAGCCCCCAUCAUCCUUCCUGCUCUUCUCCCUGGAUCACUAUGCCCAGCUGAAGCAUGACAACCCCAACUGGUCAGUGGUGCAGGUGGCCAAGGCCACAGGGAAGAUGUGGUCCAUGACAUCGAAUGUGGACAAGCAGCCAUAUGAACAGAAGGCUGCGCUUCUGCGAGCCAAGUACUUUGAGGACGUGGAGAACUACCGCAAACAAUUCCAGAAGAAGAGGAAUGUCCAGGGGUAUGCCAGAAACAGUUUGAAGAAAUAA